CUCCUGUUCCCUGUUGCCCUGUGUCCCCGACCUCCUCAGACCCCGCCUCGUCACUCUAGACUCCCUCCCACAGGCCCCGACGGCCCUUUGCGGAGUUUCAUUCCACAACCCCCUCCGCUUGAUCGCCGCCCUACCCCCACCCCCGCGAGAGGCGGGGGUAGUGAUGGAGCCUUCGCAGUGCGCGUGCGUAUUCGCGUCCAGAGCCUUCUGGACUACUACUCCCAGUGGGCGCCGUGGCCGUGAUCAGCUGACCUGUCCCAUGACUUGCAGUGAGUCAGGCCCCGCGGGCGGGGCCGCGAGGCCGCUGUUUGCCCUAGCUCCUCAUCCCCCCGCGGGCCCCUCAACCUGGAGCGGCGACAUUCUUGGCUCUCUUCCGGUGUUGGGCUCUUCCCUACUCGGAUCUUAUCCCAGGAAUGUCUUAACUGGGACCUCUAGGGGAACUUCACCCCAAGCCCGGAAUUGUGAUCCAAGAACUGGAAGUUGACAGCUUGGCUGCCUUGCUCCCGGAUCUGCCUCCUGCUUUCACCGUCUCGUUUCUCCAGGAUUGUCGGGCUUGCCCCGGAGGAGAGCUGACUGUCCUGGGCCGCCGCUGACCCCAGGCAGAGCGGAGCCAAAAUGUCCCCGGAAUCCAAAAAGCUUUUUAACAUUAUUAUUUUAGGAGUUGCCUUUAUGUUUAUGUUCACCGCCUUUCAAACUUGUGGAAAUGUGGCGAGUGGACAUUCAGCAUUAAGUAUUGAGUAUUGCGAAUCUUGACGUUUAUCUGAGAACUUGGAAUCAGACUUUCAAAGGGGAAAAAGGAUUGCAAAACGUUUUCAUUGAUUAGUUUUAUUUUCUACACAGCAAACUGUCAUCAGGAGCUUAAAUAGCACAGAUUUUCAUGGCAGUGGAUAUACCAGCAUGGCAAUUAUUUAUGGAGUUUUCUCUGCUUCAAAUUUGAUUACGCCGUCUGUGGUUGCCAUUGUGGGCCCUCAGCUCUCUAUGUUUGCCAGUGGUUUAUUUUACAGCAUGUACAUUGCCGUUUUUAUCCAGCCCUUCCCCUGGUCCUUCUACACGGCGUCUGUUUUCAUUGGAAUUGCAGCUGCCGUGCUUUGGACAGCACAGGGAAACUGCCUGACAAUAAAUUCAGAUGAGCACACUAUCGGGAGAAACAGUGGAAUUUUCUGGGCACUCUUACAAUCUAGCUUGUUCUUUGGAAAUCUCUACAUAUAUUUUGCCUGGCAAGGGAAAACCCAAAUAUCAGAGAGUGACCGAAGAACGGUGUUUAUUGCCCUAACAGUGAUUAGCCUUCUGGGGACAGUUCUGUUUUUUCUCAUUCGGAAACCAGAUCCUGAAAAUGUCCUUGGAGAAGAUGAAUCUUCUGAUGACCAGGACUUGGAAGUCGACGAGUCUGCCCAGAACAAUAUGACAAAGGCAGUAGAUGCGUUUAAAAAGUCUCUUAAGCUCUGUGUCACCAAGGAGAUGCUCCUUCUUAGUAUCACAACUGCUUAUACAGGUCUGGAGUUGACUUUCUUCUCUGGUGUAUAUGGAACCUGUAUUGGUGCCAUAAAUAAAUUUGGAACAGAAGAGAAAAGCCUCAUUGGACUUUCUGGCAUUUUCAUUGGCAUUGGAGAAAUUCUAGGUGGAAGCCUUUUUGGCCUUCUGAGCAAGAAUAAUCGUUUUGGUAGAAAUCCAGUUGUGCUGUUGGGCAUUCUGGUUCACUUUGUAGCUUUUUAUUUAAUAUUUCUCAACAUGCCUGGAGACGCCCCCAUUGCCCCUGUGGAAGGAACUGACAGCGGCGCUUACAUCAGGCCCAGCAAAGAAGUUGCCAUCUUCUGCAGCUUUCUGUUGGGGCUAGGAGACAGCUGCUUUAAUACCCAGCUGCUCAGCAUCCUGGGCUUUCUCCAUUCUGAAGACAGUGCGCCAGCCUUCGCCAUCUUCAAGUUUGUCCAGUCUAUCUGCGCAGCCGUGGCGUUUUUCUACAGCAACUACCUUCUCCUUCACUGGCAACUCCUGGUCAUGGUGAUAUUUGGAUUUUUUGGAACUAUUUCAUUCUUCGCUGUGGAAUGGGACGCUGCUGCCAUCGUGGCCCGGGGCUCUGACUACCGGAGCAUUUGACUCGGGGCUGUGGCUUCCAGAGCAGCCACUGGCCGAAGUGCGCUGGCCGAAGUGCGUGAUGGAGGAAGCUGCCUCGCAUCUCCUCAGCCCAUUGGCAGAGGUCGGGCGUGGGAAAUCAAAGAACUGAGACUGAUAAGUGAGCCAGAGUGGUUAUUAAAGUUUACAGAUACUUAAAACAAGUGGGAUAAGGGAAAUCUAUUGUGUCAAUCAUAAUUGUUCAGAGAUGUUUUUCAGUUGUCUGUCUCAAGUUCCCUAGAAUCAUGUUAGCGAAUGUAAACCCCCACCCCCAAGAUCCAGCCUUGAUUCCAAAUCCAGGUCAUGUGAUGCAGAGAGACUUGCUGGGCAUGGAUUAUGUUUUACUGCGUAGUAAUGAGAAGCAUAUGCUGCUCCACAUGUUAUCUGGGAAUGACAUUCAAAUAAACCGGGAGAUGCUGAAAUGCAGUCAGAA